AUGUGAAAUAAUUUGGAACAGAAUUUCUCCCUACUGCAGAGAGACAGAGGCAGCAGGAAAUAGCUCAGAUUUGCAGCCUUGGGUGUUGUGCGCAGCAACAGCCUGAUUUAUUUUUCGGACAGGUUGGGGAGCAGAAGGGGAGAAAAUGAAGAACACCGAUGCGUUUUUUGGAGAUGCAAUCAAGGCUCAGUGGAUUUAAAGUGGCUCUCUCUCAGAAGAGGUGGCCAGCUGUCCGGGCAACGACUGAUGGGCGGGCGAUUGUUUUACAGUGCCUGCCCUUGCUUCCUUGCCAUCGUGCUGUUUCGUGCAAAAAGGGGAGGAAACUGCCCAUCAUGUCUUAAUGUUCAGCGGGGCGUGGCGCGCCUCUUCUCCCAGCCCCGUUCUAUGGCAGGCGGCAGCCCGCUUCCUUAUUUUUAAAGUUGGUAUUUUCUGCUUCUCAGAAGUGGGAGCAGGGGCACAGCUACCCUGAUACCUUCCAGCUGUGCCCCACACCGCAUUGUUAUCAAGGCAGGGCGCGUUUUCCCCGGCGCUAGUGUCAGCUUUUGCCCAGCCCUUGGCGUGGUGCUAGCGCUGCAGCAGGGAGCUCGUUGCUGCUCUCCGGGCGGGCGCGUGUCCCUGGCGGCUCGCCGUGCAGCAGGGGGCGGGCCGGGGGCAGGCUGCCAUGGGAGAGAGCAUGUCCAAGCGACUGAAGCUGCAGCUGGGGGGCGAGGCGGAGAUGGAAGAGCGGGCGUUCAGCAACCCCUACCCGGACUACCAGCUCCACGGAGCCGCCGCCGCCGCCGCCUCCUCGAGCCCAAGCGAGGCCGCGGAGACCCAGCGAGACCCCGCGCCCUGCCCAGGCGGGGAAGAGACUAAGUCCUGCCCCUUCGGCCCGGACGGGAAGAUCAGUUCUCAGUUCACAAGACGGAUCCAGAGUAAAAUCAGAGACCUGCUGCAGCAAAUGGAAGAAGGGCUAAAGACAGCAGACCCACACGACUGCUCUGCAUAUACUGGCUGGACAGGCAUAGCCCUUUUAUACCUACAACUAUACCGCGUCACAAGAGACCAGAAGUACUUGCAGCGAUCCCUGGAUUAUGUGAAGAGAAUUCUUCGUAAUCUGACUGGACGAAGGGUUACUUUUCUCUGUGGUGAUGCUGGACCCCUUGCAGUAGGGGCAGUAGUGUACCACAAACUAAAGAUUGACAGUGAGUCUAAGGAGUGCAUCACAAAGCUUUUGCAGCUCCAGAGAACAGUCAUAAGCACAGACUCUGAACUUCCAGAUGAGCUUCUUUAUGGCAGAGCAGGUUACCUAUAUGCUUUGCUCUAUUUGAAUACAGAAAUUGGUCCAGACACUGUACCUCAGUCUAUUAUCAAAGAGGUGGUAGAUGCCAUUAUUGAGUCGGGUAAAAACUUCUCAAAGGAGGAACGCAAGACUGAACGCUGCCCUCUGUUGUACCAAUGGCACAGGAAGCAGUACAUUGGAGCAGCCCACGGUGUGGCUGGGAUCUAUUACAUGCUAAUGCAGCCAGUUUCAGAUGUGGAUCAGGAGACCCUGACAGAGCUGGUGAAACCGAGCAUUGACUAUGUACGUCAUAAAAAAUUCAGAUCUGGGAACUAUCCAUCAUCAUUAAGCAAUGAAACAGAUAGACUAGUCCACUGGUGCCAUGGUGCCCCGGGAGUCAUCCAUAUGCUAAUGCAAGCUUAUAAGACCUUUAAAGAGGAUAAAUAUUUGAAGGAUGCCAUGGACUGCAGUGAUGUCAUCUGGCAGAGAGGUUUGCUGAGGAAAGGGUAUGGAAUCUGCCAUGGGACCGCUGGCAAUGGCUACUCCUUCUUAUCUCUCUAUCACCUAACUGAGGACAAAAAGUAUCUCUACCGGGCCUGCAAGUUUGCAGAGUGGUGUUUAGAGUAUGGCGCACAUGGAUGUCGUAUUCCUGACCGACCCUACUCUCUGUUUGAAGGCAUGGCGGGAGCUAUUCAUUUCCUAUCGGACAUAUUGGUCCCAGAGACUUCCCAGUUUCCAGCAUUUGAACUUGGACCUCAAAGGAGAGAAAACAAAGUGGAACAGGACAGCUAAGAGAUCUGUUACAAUGGAAACUCAAUGUCAAGAGUGUCUAGUGCCUCUGAAACUGAACCAACUUUAAAGCCUAAACAAAGGACAAGGAAAUCCCUCUUCACACCUCUUUCUCCAAAGGACCACAAGUCAUUAAAGCAUGAAUCAGAAGCUAUGCCCAGGUUUUAUUUAAGUGAUGCCUUCGGUGGUGGGAAAAGAGAGAUUAAGUUUUGAAGUCUUUUUUGCGGUUGUUCUAUUCAGGUUUUUCAAGUGUUUGCAUGUUUCUUGGUGUUGUCCAUAGAUGUGAGUCUUUUGUUGUAAGCCAAAAGCUGUUUUCUUGUGUGAAUCCCACUCUUGUCCCUUUUGUGCAUGAGUAACAGCAGCAGGAUUGCUAUUUCUGCAGUGUGACUGUGGAUAAGGUUCCCCUUUACCUGACAAAUGAGAGAGGCCAGUGUAGUAUAGUGACCAGGUUAAUACAUAGUCAUAUCUUAAAUGAGCUGAUAAUUUUCAAACAGAACAUUAAGCUUUUCUGUGCUGUACUUCUCUGUUUCUUUAUAAGAAACAUUUUUCUCCCCAUCUUCUAGAACAGGGGUGGGCAACCUGUGGCCCAUCAGGGUAAUCUGAUUGUGGGCCGCAGGACAUUUUGUUAACG